GCACAUCUGAUCCCUUUCUUCUCCAACUCAACUCAAGCAUCGUCAGUUCUCUCAUUUGUGCAGCAAUGGCUCAUCUGAAAGUAUUUACGUUGCCAGUUUUGAUCUCCAUGGUGAUCUUCUCAAGCAUCAAUGCAGAAGCAAGGCAAUUUGUGGUUGGUGGCAAAGAGAAUUCAUGGGAAGUUCCAUCGUGUCCUUCGCAGCUCAAUCAGUGGGCUCAGAGUAACCGGUUCCAAGUUGGAGAUAUUCUGAUAUUCAAAUAUGAUAAAAAUGCUGAUUCGGUGUUGGAAGCAACGAAGGAGGAUUAUGCGGGUUGCAACACCGCAAAGCCGCUCAAAGAGUACAAGGAUGGUGACACAAAGUUGAAAUUGGAGCGCUCGGGACCAUACUACUUCAUUAGUGGAGCCGAGGGACAUUGCCAGAAGGGACAGAAGCUCGAGGUUGUGGUCAUGUCCGAAAAGCACUCACCCAAGGGCGCCCCCUCUGCGCCGACGGAAGUGCCUGCUCCAGCGCCACGCGCUGGCAACGGCGCCGCUGGUUUACGUGAUGGCUUUUGGACUGUCUUGGUCGGGCUGGGAAGUUUGACAGUGGGGCUGCUUAUGGCUUGAGAAAUAGUGUGUUCAGGGGAGAGAAUACAUCUAGGUCUUUAUUGAACUUUUGUGUUAUCUGGGGUAAUUACUUAGGUUACUGCAUAUUUCUGAACUGCAUGAAGGACCAUAGUAUUGUCAAAUUAAUGUAUGCUUCUCCUAUUUUGGGUAGUAUAGGACCCAAUUUGCAUGGUUAGAUGUUCCAAUAUGAGUUUUCUUGUUCUUCAAUGAUAUACUUAAGUUUCCCUUGCUG